AUGCCUGCUCGCGCACCGUACCAGGCCGCUCUCACCCUCCAGCAGCGCGUCGCAUGCAUCGCCGAGGCCGAGUCUCGUUGGGACAUCCACAAGCAUGCCGAUGGUAGUUGGAUGGAGCUGCCCAAAGGCGCGCCGCUGGGCCCCGUGCAUUUCGCUUCGGUGAAGCAGCACAAGCACCUCUCCCACGUGGGCGACUGGGCGAGGGAGCGGGCAAUUGAGGGUUGGAUGGCCUUCGAGGCUGACCCGAGGGCGAUCCGGCUGCACGGGCAGAGGCCCCUGCAGAGUCGGUGUCGCUUGCCGCCGUGGUGGUUGGACGAGCGCUUCGGGGAGAGCAGUCCAGCCCACGGGCUGCGCACGGGCACGAAGCUCCCAUUGCUUCAGAAGUUCCCCGACUUGGAGACCGUGCUUCGCAGGUGGCACGAGCUGCACGAGGCGGAGCGGAGCGAGGAUAAGAAGGUGUCCUUCCACGACACGCUCUUCAGCUUCAACGCCGAGCUGCGGAGGACUCGAGAGGGCUUCGAGCAGGCUGGGAUGCACGGGAGGCUGCCGGAGAAAGUUUCAGUGGGGUGGUUUGCGGGCCAGAAGAGGAGGCUGGGCAUCCUCAACUCGGCCGUGCAGUCCACAGAAGUCCGGCGCCCUGAGCGCGCGGCGAUCGAGCAGUUCUGGGCGAGCUGCGCGCGGACGCAGGAGGAGCACGGCAUUGCCAGAGAUCUGGUUUUGAUUUUCGAUGAAGUUCCAGAUUACUACAUGGCUGUCCCGAAGCGAGUCCAGAGCACUGCCAAAGAGCGCAGCAAAGCCACGGGCCGCAGAUGCAAGAGGACUUCCAGGGGUCGCGUGUCCUUCACGGCGUGUCUGUCGUUCAGCCCCGCGGAGCGGGGCCGCGUGCUGCUGCUCGUGAAGUCGUGCAGGCCGCCCAUGCUGAAGGCUAUCCAGGAAGACUUCGGGGGGCAUGUCGAGGUGGUCGCCCGCAGGGGUUCAGUGAUGACUGGCACCACCCACGCCCGCGUGGUGCUGGAGAAGAUGAUCGGCCCCCUCGCUGAUCACAUCAGGCACGCACGGGGCCUCCCCCCCCAGAGCAAGAUCCUGUACACGGAGGACCCGGCCCCCGCGCACACGGGGGACAAGUGCAAGGCGUCUGGCGAGGGCGACCUCCAGCGCAAGAGGCGGGAAGCGCUGGCCAAGUUCAACUUGGUCCGCGAGCUUCUGCCGGAGAACAGCACGCCCGACCUGUGCGAGGUUGAUCAGAUUGCGAAGAUCGUCAAGCAAGAGAAAAACAAUGUCCUCCACGAGAUCUUGGGAGAUGGCCCUGAUAUCAGACUGCGUCCUUCGCGGUCUCCGAAUGCGGCCGCGCACAUGGCGCCGGGGGGGCCCCUCGUCACUGACUGCGGGAGCAUGCGCAGCCCAACUCUCUACCACAUCGCGGGGGCUUGGGCGGCGGCGUGGGCCAGCGUUUCCCAGCUGACGCUGUGCGCGGCGUUCGUGCGUUGCGGCUGGCUGACCGAAGGGCAGGCUGCCGGCGUGCUCCGUGAGCACCCGAGCGCGGUCCUGGCGGGCGUGAAUGAUUUGCGCCGCAGGCAGCAGGCUCUGCGCAAGCAGAACGUUUGGCUGCACGCUGAUCAGGAUUUCAGCGGCGGGCCCGCCGCGGAAGCUCCUGACGCUCCGGCGCCAUCCGCCGAGGAGCUCGCUGUCUUGCGCCGAAAUCAGCAGGAGCUCGCUCGCAUCCGGGGGAAGCUCCUCGACAGCAUCUUGGCGCAGCUCGCCGGCGGGGCCGAAGAUGCCGACGGCGCGAGGCUCUCCCGCGCUCUCGACGUGAGCCGCGCGACGCCCUUCGAGUCCACCCUUGCCAACAUUGCCGAGUUGCCUACGCAGGAUAACGUCGGGGAGAGCAAAUAUUUUUUGGCGGCCGUCCCAGUCGCGCUGAAGAAAUCAAAGCUCUUCACCAAGGAGAAGCGGAGGGCCCUGGUGAACGACGUCCUUGACUGGCAUUUCUUGCAGCUGGAGCGCACUUACGUGCGCUUGCUGGAAGCGAAGGACCCGCGGGUGUGGCGGGUGGCAGCCGGCAGAGCGCAACAGACCACGCUUUCUGCAUGGCUGUGGUCCAUCCUCGCCAGCGCUGCGAAGAAAGACCAGACAGGCGCCGACGACGUUUGGCGCAGGAUGGUGGGGGACUUCAAGAAAGCCAGCUUGAACCCCGGGAGCCUCCACAGGACCAAGAAGGCGCCCUCGGCGAAGGGCGCGGGCAAGGGCGAGGCUGGCGCGGGGGGCGCCGCCCCUGCAGCAGCUCCGCCGAGCGGCGCGGGGGGCCUCCACAGGAUCAAGAGGGUGUCGGCGGCGGCGGUCGCGGGCAAGAUUGGCGCUGGCUCGGGGGCCGCCGCCUCUGCGGCCGCUGCGCCGAGCGGCGCGGCGCCUUCGGUGCAGGGGCCGCCGCAGGGCGCCGACCCCGCGGCGGCUGCGGCGAGCGGAGCAGCGCCGCCUGCGCCGGGCGGCGCAGCCCGCGUCUGCGCCGGUCUCGUCGCGCUCCUGGCGAGUGAGGCGGCGGCCGCAACUGGCGCGGCGGCAGCUGCUGCGCCCCACUAA